AUGGCAACAUGGGAAGACUUGGAGAACGACACCAGCUCAGAGAGCUCAGAUCAAAAAGCUCAGCUAUGCUUGAUGGCAGACCAUGAUAAUGAAAAUGAGGUAGAUCUUUCUGACUUAUCUAUUGAUGAACUGUACUAUAUUAUCAAAGACAUCUCUGUCAAUUCCAAGAAACUCUUGGACAAGUAUGCAAAAUGCAAGAAAGAAAAUGAGGCUUUGAGGAUUGAAAAUGAUCUUCUUUUAAAAAAGGUUAAGGCAAAUAAAACUGGAAAUGAAAAGUUUUUAAAAAAAGAAAAUACUGCCUUGCGAGCUGAAUUAGAAAAAUUCAAACUCAAGCAUGAAGUUACUACUUCCACUGAUUUGAUUUCUGAAAACAAAAAGCUGAAUGAACAAAUAAAAAAUUUGAAUGAAGACUUAGCAAAGUUUGUUCAAGGUUCUCAAAAUCUGAACAAACUACUAGCUAGUCAAAGGAAAUCUGAUUGUAGAGUCAUAAAUGAGAAAACAAAGGCUGUUUUAUUUAUUGCCAAAAGAAGUGAUAAUAUUUAUGGUAUUACUCUAGAUGAUCUAAAAGUUCAAAAUGUAACUUGUUUCUCUUCAAUGGAGACUGAAAAAUGGAUGUGGCAUAAGAGGUUAGGACAUGCUAGCAUGUUCCAAAUCUCUAAGCUUGUAAAGAGAGGCUUAGUUAGAGGUCUUCCUAAUAUAAAGUUUGAUAAGGACAUCAUUUGUGAUGUUUGUCAAAUGGGUAAACAAAUCAAAACUUCUUUCAAACCUAAGGAAGAUGUCUCUACUAAGAAACUAUUGGAGUUGUUGCAUCUUGAUGUUUGGACCAACUAG